GGUAAGCUUAGCUACUCUGUCACAAACUCCCACAAUGCUUUGCUGCACAUAGCGUCAGCUGACCGACAUACAAGGAGAAAGAUGUCGCUGAAGAACUGCCGAAGGAUGGAGGCUACAUUUAACUCUAUGGUUUUAGUCCUUUGUGUCCUCACCGGUGUCCUUGGAGACAGCCUUACGGUGUUGCAAGCACCAGAGUUUGUGUCUUUCCAGAAAGGGGACUGGCCGGUAUCUGGGACGAAGAUCCCCGACCUGGUGGCUCUUACCAUGGGCUUCUCUAUUCAAGAGGAUUUGACUUGGCCCGGCCUUCAGGCUGGUCCUUUAUUCCAGCGACCUCGAGCUAACGUGCUUGUGGUAGUGAGAGGAGUCGACAGCUUGUCCUUUCCUCAGAGCGUUGCCUCGUACCCCCUGGAGAACCCGGUACCCUUUACCCUGGACAGUGUUGCAGAGACUGUUCACUCUUUGUUUGCUGAGUACACCCCUGUCGUGCUGCAGCUGGCUCCCAGCGAGGAGCGACUUUACAUGCUCGGCAAGGCCAAUGCCGUGUUUGAGGACCUGCCGGUCACCCUGCAGCAGAUCCGUGCUCGGCUGUCGCAGGACAGCUCCGUGCUGACCUCGCUUCCACUCAAUUCUCUCAGCAGGAAUUCAGAAGCUGAUCUGCUCUUCCUGUCUGAGGUUCAAGUACUGCAUGACAUCACCGCUCUGCUACAGAGACACAAACAUCUGGCCAAGGACAUCUCCCCUGACCUCUACUCCUUGGAGCUUUCUGGUUUGGAGGAGUUGAGUCGGCUUUAUGGCACAGAUUCUCCUCAGUACCGCGAUGCCACCUCCAUCAUAGCCUCUGUCCUUCAGAAAUUUGGGGAGGAUAUGUAUCGUCUCUAUGGCAACGGUGCCGUGGUGGAGGUUGUCACAGUGAAGACCUUUGAGGCUCCUUUGAUCAGGAAGUCCCGUUCAAUCCUGGAAUCUAAGCAGAUUAGCAACCCAGGCCGCCCUUACAACCUGGCCCACAAGUACGGCUUUCAGUACGCUGUCAUCUUCAACAUUGUGCUGUGGCUGAUGAUCGCUCUGGCCCUCGCCGUCAUCGCCAUCGCUUACAAUCUGUGGAACAUGGACCCUGGAUAUGACAGCAUCAUCUACAGGAUGACUAAUCAGAAGAUCAGGAUGGACUGAGUCCUGACCGCCAACACUCCCGGUGUCUCCUUGAAGCUCCUAUGUGAAUGUUUGUGUUUUGUGUGUUUGAGGUCUUCUGCAGUGAAAACGUGUGACGGUUGGAUGGGACGAAGAGCAUGAUGAAUACUUUCACCUUCCUUCUUAACGUGCUGAGCUGAUGAUAUGAACACAUUUUUUUUUAACAUCAGAGUAGUGGUCCUGAAACGUAUCUACAGCGAUGUUAUCUGUCCCGAGUUUAGAACAGACUUCCUCUCCUCAGCUUCACAGCUCUCAUCAUUCCUCCUCGCUAACUUGGUUUCUUUAGCGACUGCAUCUAUUUUCCCUCAUGAAGAUAAAAUAUGUCCUAAUGUUGUGAAAGAGUGAUAUUUGUUUUCAUUGUGGUGUUGAUUUGUUAUGUUUAAAUUAAAUUAAAUCUAUCUGUAUAUAUUGAAAACACACGUUUGCAGAACUGCUGUGCUUUUAUUGUGAAAUAUUGUGUUCAGGUGUGUUUGUGCUUCUAAUUAAAACAAAUAUUUGUUGGAUCACAGAAAAGGUUGAUCAUACAUGAUGUGUUAGUAACACUGUAUAAGGACAGCUCUAUAAAUGCUUUAAAAUAAAGUAUUACAUUGACCUCCCUGAUGUUUACUCAUUAUAGAAGAUAUGCUUUUUUGAUUUCUGAUUUUUGAGUAAAUUAUGUACUCCGAUAUGUAAUUGUUAUACGGGACUGUAGGGUAGGAUGAAACUCCAAAAAUAAAACUGCAUAAAUAAGAUUUAUUCAAAGAAAACCACUUCAAAUUCACACGAUUCUAGAUACACAGAAAAACAUGUAAAAGAAAAAUAAAAUAAUUAAAUUGUGGCAAAUCAAUCACAGAUUUUUGCUGAGUCAUCCUAGUACACCCACGAUCAGAUCAUCAACGACGUUGGGCGGGAUUGUAUCACAUGUACUGCAACCUCUUAGCCAAUCAGAAUUCCGACAGAUAAGAUAAGCCCCGCCCUAACUUAAUUUACUGCAUGUAAUUGGUUGUUUCUCUUUCCGUGUCCCCGGGUGUUUAUAGUUACGUCCGGUGUCGGUACAGGAUCUGCUCGGGUGCAGACCAGACACCGGAGCUCUGUAGGCUGAAACAGAAAGCAGGUAGGUAGAUAGCUGGUUUAGAGAGAAGAUCAGGCUAAUUUUCACUGAAAGGAUAAUAGAAAGGACACCGAAAAACCCAACAAACCAUGGUGUGACUUAUCAUAAAAGCUUGCAGCUACGUGGUCAGGAAGAUCCGGGCGUCUGCCACUGAUGGGGAGCGACAGGAAGAGCCCAGCCACAUGCCAUGUAGUCUAAAAGCUCAGAAGAAAGAGGAGCAAAGGACAGUGGGAUCGUCCUCGGCUACUGUUGCACUGAUCCCAGGAUCGGGUGAAGUGGAUGGAGCAGCGGCCUCAGGGAGGACUCUGGAGACCUCGGUGCAGCCGUACGGCUCCUGACGUUAACAUCUGGCUGGAUACUUGAACUGUAGUCAACUGAAUUUUUAAUCUUUUACUUUUCAGGAUCAAAGUUGCACACAGUUAAAAUGUCAAGCCCAGAGUGACACUCGAUGGGCCGAUUCACAGCAAACAUUCUGAUGCUGCAGAAAAAAGUGCAAUUAAUAAUAAUGGCAAUUAGAGUUUGUCGCUUCUUGUAAUGUAAGGAAAGCUUGAAGUUAUUUCUUCCUGUCUGUGGUUGUCAUUUUGUUUCCUGUGAAUGGCCUGUAUUCAUGUACUGCAGCGUUUGAUGGCAGACUCACCAACCUCUGUGCCCAGAGGCUGAGUAGGCCUGAUGUUUCUGCUGUGACAUCAAUUCAAAUGGUUUUAAUAUUUGCUACUAUUUAACAUCUGCAUAGCUUUAGAUAUGAGAUCGACUCUAACUUUGCAAAUAAAGCCUUUCAAACUGC